CACAGCGCCUCCAGCCCGCGAGGUGAAGGAGCAAGGAGUGGGCGACGAGCCCCUGAUUGGCCCACCCGCCCGAAGAGCAUUUGCUGGGCGAAGGGGCGGGCCCAGAGGCGCUGACGUCACGCAGGGAACACCUGGGGAGCAGCUGCCAGGCCGCGCAGAGCGCACCAGUGGGCACUGGGUUAAGAUGCCAGGAAGUGCAGACCGUGGACCUCAGACCCCGCCUCCCGGACCCCGGCCCGCCGCCGCUCUGUGCGACCCCGAGCGUGGCUGGAGCGUGUCCUUCGUGGGCUGCGGCUUCCUGGUCUUCUACCACCUCGGGGCGACCCGCUGCCUGAGCGAGCGCGCCCCGCACCUCCUCCGCGACGCGCGCAUGUUCUUCGGUGCCUCUGCUGGGGCGCUGCACGGCGUCACCUUCCUCGCAGGUGUCCCUCUUGACAUUACUCUGAAGUUCCUCACAGACCUUGUCGAGUCUGCCAGAAGCCGGACCAUGAGCAUCCUCCAUCCGUCCUUCAACAUAGUCAGGUCCCUCCGAGAAGCCCUCCACAGACACCUCCCGGACAACGUCCACCAGCUCAUCUCUGGCAAAAUGUGCAUCUCGCUGACCAGAGUGUCCGACUGGGAAAACGUCCUGGUGUCCGAGUUUCAGUCCAAAGACGACGUUGUGGACGCCUUGAUCUGUUCCUCCUUCAUCCCUUUCUUCUUUGGCUUAAUCCCUCCGACCUUCAGAGGCGUGCGGUACGUGGAUGGAGGGUUUACUGACAUUAGAUCCUGCUUUGAUGACAAGAUGACCAUCACUGUGUCCCCGUUCCUUGGGGAGCAUGACAUCUGUCCUAAGGUCAAGUCCACGAACUUCCUGCAUAUAGACGUGUGCAGUCUCAGUCUCCGCUUCUGCUUGGAAAACGUCCACCUGAUCAACCAAGUCCUGUUCCCCCCGGAUGUGAAGGUGCUGGGAGAGAUUUGCCUGCGAGGGUACUUGGAUGCGGGCAGGUUCCUGGAAGAAAAAGGCAUCUGUGACAGGCCCCGUCCGAGCCCGAGUGUGCCCUCGGCAGCGCCCGAGUUCCUUCCGUUCUCCUGGGAAACCGCGAGCCCCGAGGCUUCCCCGGGGGCGGCUGCCUGGCAGGGGAGGCCCGAGGUGGCCGAGCUGCUGGCCCACCUGCGUGUCAGCCUCCGGUCCUGGGACGAGAGCAUCCUGGAGACCCUGUCGCCCAAGCUCAUUGCGGGCCUGAGUGAGGCAUGUAGACCCCGAGGUGGCCGCUGGAGCAAGAUCUGCAGCUUCCUACCGGUGAAGGUCAUGUCUUACGUGAUGCUGCCCUGUACGCUGCCCGUGGAGACCGCGCUCGCGGUGGCCCAGAGGUGAGCAG